UGUUCUCGUGGUUGAGAAGAUCGGAGGAUCCAUGAUUCGCCACGUGUACGGAGUCGGUUACUAGUUUUCUUUAUGAUUGAGAGUUAUAGACCACAUUUGGCUUGACGGGAAACAGAGCCAGAAGAUUUCGAACCGAAAACGGAAGGUUGAAGAUUAGGGUUUUGCUCCAUUGCUCUUUCUUCGGUUGAAGUCUUCAGUUUCUUGUUUUAUGGUGUCUGUGGCCCCGAAUUCUGUUCGAGAACACUGUUUAUUCGAUCCGAUUAUGAAGUCCGGUCUCAGUUCUCGGACGCCGACGGCUGAAACGGCGGCGAAAGCUCCCGGAGAUUGCUCGCCUGCGGCGGGUGGGAAGAAUUCGUUGCCAUUUCCGGAAGAUUCGAGCAAGAGGACCCGUAAACUGUAUACGAUGACGAAGUCUAGAGAGAGCUGGAGCGAGCAAGAGCACGACAGAUUUCUAGAAGCUCUUCAGCUAUUCGAUCGUGAUUGGAAGAAAAUAGAGGCAUUUGUAGGAUCGAAGAGUGUCAUUCAGAUUCGGAGCCACGCACAGAAAUACUUCCUCAAGGUUCAGAAGAAUGGAACUGGAGAACAUGUCCCUCCUCCUCGGCCUAAGAGGAAAGCGACACGUCCUUAUCCACAAAAAGCCCCUAAAAAUGUAGCUGCUGUAUCGCAACCCGAGGGACGAUUUCAGGCUUCUGCCGGAUCUGUUGAACUCAUGGAAAGCAAUAAACGAAUGCCUUUGUGGAUCCAGAACUCAGUGGCUGUUGUUAACACCUCACCAAUGGCGAAUGGUAUCUUAGACAAGGAGAGGCUAUAUGCGCCAAUGGUUGCCAAGGAUUCUUGCUACAGUAGCUCUAAUGAAUCUGCACAGAAGGAUAGGAGGUUCUGCGAGCCUAAUGAUCAACUUGACAAAGGCAGACUAAUAAGAGUUAUGCCAGAUUUCUCACAGGUUUACAGUUUUCUAGGCAGUGUCUUUGAUCCCAAUGCAACUGAUCAUUUGCAAAGGCUGAAGCAGAUGGAUCCAAUAAACUUGGAAACAGCCCUUUUGCUCAUGAGGAACCUCAAUGUGAAUCUAAACAGCUCUGAGUUUGAAAAAUAUCAAAGUGGUUGUCAUUCUAUGGUUCUAAAGUGAAGAGGAGUAACUCUGGGCCGGAAUACGAUGAUAUGCAAACUGGCGAUCGGGAUAGGGCAGUGGCAUCUGCAUGAUUUUGAGGGUAACUAUCGCUCACACCUCGUCUCUAGAUGUGUUGGUCUUCUUUCCAUGCCUUUUUUUUAACCAUGUCAUUUAAUGUUCGAUGAACGACGACACAGGUUCUUGCAACGCCUUUCUUAUAUCGGGUAUGGGACAUAGUGAGUUGAGUUGGCAGGAAGUUGCAAGCUGCAAGACAGGAGUGGAUGAGAACCCAAGGCAAGAAAAAAAAGAUCCCUCCAGGUUAUAUACCUUUUAACAUCUCUGCUAAGGAGUUCCUUGGAUAUGGGAAACCGAUUCGGUUGUACUCGACAUGCCCCUCCUCUAGUCUUGAGUGGUGGGUUGCCAUACUGGUAGCCUUGACCCUUGAGGAUCGAAAGGGAGGUUGCAAUGCAGAGGCUGGCAUUGUAGAAUUAUAGACAAAAGAUGGUAGAAUAGGAAGACUAUAGGAGUAGAGACAUCUGUAGUAGACUUCAAGACAAAGUUAGUAUUUGUUUAGGAAUAAGGCCAGAUUUGAAGUAAAUGAUUUCCAUCCAGCAUCAGAGUGGAUCUCUAAGUUCAUCUGCCUAGUUUGAAAGAUAAAUGUUUGCGAAUUUCAAGCUGUGCGUUUAUUUAGUUAGAUUUCCACAUCACAGCAGAAUGAAUGUUCUGAUACAUGGAAGGAAUGUUCUCGUUUUGUUGA